AUGGAGUUUUUGACGAAGAAGUUGCCCACGCUGAACGACAUCGUGGUGUUCGGUUCAACGUGCACGGUCCAUGUUGACACCAGAAAUAAGUCACUUGGUGAGCGCGGUAAGGCGGCCAUAAUCACUGGCAAAAGUGACCAGACGAAGGGGUACAAGGUGCACAUCCCGAGGGACAAGGUGGUUGUGGUGAAGAAACAUGUGCAAAACAUUGAAAUACUGACGGACGAACAGAAUGGGCAGUUGAAGUCCCACUUGGAGAAGAUCGACCGUCAGGAGGAGACCCUUACUGAUAGUCAAAGAAAUGUUCAGGCGCAAGCAGGUGGCAAGAAAUGA